AAGUCGCUCUUUCUCCGUGUCUCUCGAACCGUCGCUCUGACGUCGACGCCGCAAACCCUUCCUGAUUUAUUGCCCCCAUCCUUCGAGUUUCUUAGCCAUUUUUCCCACCUCGCCGACGCCGAGACCCCUGUACCAAUUCCCAACCGUGCGAUUCUCAUCUCAACUGCAGUCCCAGACGAUCCCGUCCGAGCUAGCUCUCCCGUUCCAAUCAAUGGCGGACCUCUUCUUCGGGGGAAGCCCCUUCCGGCGGCUCCUCUACGCCCGGCCCUUGGCCUCCGCCACGGCCGCGAUGGAUUGGGUGGAGACACCGACCUCCCACGUCCUCCGGAUCAACGUCCCGGGGCUUGGCAAGGACGACGUCAAGGUCCAGGUCGAGGACGGCAACGUGCUGAGCGUCAGGGGCGCGGCCAAGGAGAAGACAAAGGAGGGGAACGAGGAGGAUGCGGUGUGGCACGUGGCGGAGCGCGGGAAGCCGGAGUUCGCGCGGGAGGUGGCGCUGCCGGAGCACGUCAGGGUGGAUCAGAUCAGGGCCAGCGUCGACAACGGCGUGCUCACCGUCGUCGUGCCCAAGGAGCCCGCGCCGGCCCGGCCCCGGACCAGGCCCAUCACGGUCUCCAGCAAGCUCUGACGCCGGACUCUGUGCCUCUGUGGUGUCUGGUAUGUUUAUGGGGCUGGUCAUGUGUCAUCGUAAACCAACCGUGAAAGUUGUACUGUGAUUGAUAUGAUAAAUAUGCCAAGCACUAGCAGCUGGGAAUACAAAAUUGGUAGCUGUGAAUGGUUUUACUGUAAAAUAAAAAUCGUCAAUGAUGCUGUAUUGCGGACGUAUGA